UCUGUUCAUUAAGUAAACAACCCAUCCGGACUCUGACCAGUACAGGACAAACAGCAAAUGCAAUUUUACAUCAUCUCCUGACACGUCCUCAAAUAACAGCUCCAAGCUUGAUGAAAAGGGGUGAAAUUAAUCGAGUAAUUGCGUUGAUCUUUGGUCUGUCCCAUUCUCUUGGUUACUGGGAGGGGUCUGAUGUCAGAGUUCUGACAGCUGAUUGGUCCGGAGUUGUGCCUCCUUUGGCAAGCCCACAUAAAAGCAGGUAUAUAUUAAUUUAGCCAGCAAGAGGCUUAAGAAUAAAACAAUUUGGGAUCCCUGAUAUCCAGCCAGGUUUGUUUACUUGUCCUCCACCUGAGUCUGCAAAAAGAUGAAAACCCAACAAUCGCUUCAUGUGGCCACUCCAGUGAGGCAGAGCCUCGCUCUGACCAAGGUGGCUGGGACGUCUGUUUAUAUCAAGCUGGAUUCAUCUCAGCCAACAGGAUCAUUUAAGAUUAGAGGCAUUGGUCACCUCUGUAAAACUUGGGCAGAGCGGGGUUGUGAGCGAUUUGUCUGCUGUUCAGGAGGAAAUGCUGGUAUGGCAGCUGCUUAUUCUGCUCGCCAGCUUGGGGUACCUGCAACCAUUGUGGUUCCAAGUGUCACACCAAACCCAACAGUAGAAAGGUUGAAAGAUGAGGGAGCUACUGUUGUCAUCCAUGGCAAGGCUCUGAAUGAAAGCAUUGAAUAUGGACAGCAGCUCGUGGCAAACAACCCUGGCUGGAUAUUCAUCUCUCCCUUUGAUGAUCCCCUGAUCUGGGAAGGCCAUACAUCUCUGGUGAAGGAGUUGGAGCAUGACUUGAAGGAGAAACCUGGAGCAAUAGUGCUGUCAGUAGGAGGUGGAGGCCUGCUCAACGGAGUUGUGGAGGGACUGCAUCGUGCUGGCUGGGCUGAUGUCCCCAUUGUAGCCAUGGAAACUGUGGGAGCACACAGUCUCAAUGCAGCCAUAAAGGCUGGAAAGCUUGUCACUUUACCUGCUAUUACAAGUGUUGCAACCACACUGGGCCUGACAAGGGUUUCUGCACAGACUAUGAAGCUGCUGGGCAAGCACACGGUUUUCUCAGAAGUUGUCACAGACCAGGAGGCUGUAAAAGCUGUGGAGCGCUUUGUAGAUGAUGAGAAGAUCCUGGUGGAGCCUGCCUGUGGCGCUGCCCUUGCAGCCGUGUACAGUGACAUUAUCAGAAGGCUGCAGGAGGAGGGCAAGCUGGCAUGGCAUCUGGGCCCUGUGGUGGUUGUGGUGUGCGGUGGAAACAACAUCAGCAUGGAACAGCUGAAGAUGCUAAAAAAACAGCUUGGCAUUAUCUAGUGUCUACCUCGGGUCCUCCUGACCUUUUCUCUUUUUCUUCAUUAGCUGGCCUCAGUCCUUAAACCCUGUUACUCAUGUGCUCCACAGACCAAAUCAUUCCAGACAGAAACUCGCAUGAGCACAGAGACUGACAAGAAUAAUGGUGUGCAGCUUAGGGGAUCUUUUUAAAAUUUUAUUUAAAAAUGAAAGGGGGGAAAAAAGAGAGAAGAAAGUAGAGUUCAUUUUUGACUAAACAACUUUCCAUUUAAAGUGUUUUUAAAAAAUGAAAAAUAACACCAACGCACCGAGUUUGCACUUGUAGUUGUGCUUAGUGUGUUUACUUUGUAAAACUUCUUCUAUAUUGCUGUUCUGCUUUUUUUUUAUUUUGAAUGUAUUUAAAAAUAAAUAAAUUCUGUUAAGUCUAUUUCUCUGCCUUGUAAUCAUCUGUCUGACUUACUAUAUAAAAUACCACUUCCUCACAACAUAAACCUCAGUCAUUACAGACAAGUCCAGGUGUAUUUGUGUGUGAGAGUAUCAUAUAG